GCAGUGACGAAUCUGCAUUGGAUGAAGCAUACCGCAUUUUGGUAAACAUAUCGCUCAUGUUGAUAUAAGUGUUCUGACACUACGAUGGCAGAGAGUGAGGUCGAAACGCCGAGUACACCGAUCGAGUUUGACAGCAAAUACUUCGAGUUUGAUGGGAUUCGUCUGCCUCCCUUCUGCAGAGGAAAGAUGGAGGAGAUCGCCAACUUCUCCAUCAGAGGGAGUGACAUAUGGAUUAUAACCUACCCGAAGUCAGGCACCAGUCUACUUCAAGAGGUUGUGUAUCUUGUGAGUCAAGGAGCAGACCCAAAUGAAAUUGGCCUAAUGAACAUUGAUGAACAGUUGCCUGUCUUAGAGUACCCUCAACCAGGCCUGGACAUCAUAAAGGAGCUUAUGUCCCCCCGCCUGAUCAAAAGUCAUCUUCCCUACCGAUUCCUUCCCUCAGGAAUACACAAUGGAGAGGCAAAGGUAAUAUACAUGGCUCGUAACCCAAAAGACUUGGUAGUAUCCUACUACCAGUUCCACCGAUCUCUUAGGACCAUGAGCUACCGAGGAACCUUCCAAGAGUUUUGCCAGCGUUUCAUGAAUGAAAAGUUGGGAUAUGGUUCCUGGUUUGAACAUGUUUUAGAAUUUUGGGAACAUCGUAUGGACUCUAAUGUCCUCUUUUUGAAAUAUGAAGACAUGUACAAGGAUCUUGGGGCUUUGGUGGAGCAGCUAGCAUGGUUCCUGGGUGUGUCAUGUGACAAGGCUCAGCACGAGGCCCUGGUGGAGAGCUGCAACCAGCUUAUUGAGCAGUGUUGCAGCUCGGAGGUGCAGUCAGUUGGUAGGGUCCAAAAGGGUGAGGCACAAAGGAAGUCCGAGGACAGGCAGGAGGUCGAGGGCAGGAGAGAAACGACAAGGUCCGUGUCCAGGCAAGGGUCGAGGAUCGAGGGAGGCAGUCCGAAAUCCGGAUGGAGGUCGAGGCACAGAGCUUGAGCACACGGAACAAGGCGGGUACUGCGAGGGAGACAAGGGACAUGAGUCAAAUAGACAAAAGAACACGGAGAACAAGUGCGAGGACAACAAGAGGGAAGCCAGAGACGUAAUGCUUACCACUGAGAGUUAACAACGUUCCGGCAUAGGUUCCAAGAAGCGACUGGUCUUUAUGCUGUCCUCCUGAUUGCUGCCAGGUGCGCUGAUCGCUGACAAUCUGCAGCUGCGGCGAAGCGUGGGCGUGAAGCGUUCGGCGCAUGCGGGGGCGUUUCCUGGCAUACAGAGUGUGGGAUGUUGCUGCGGGAGAAUUGUGGGUUCCAGACCACGCCGUGACAAAACCCUCCAUCAAUGAUUCAUAUACACGCUGCAAUAAUGUAGUAACAGACUCGCCCAUAACAAUAUGUAAUAUGUACAAUAUUUACCGUAUUUUCGUCAUUUUACGGAACUGGCGCAUUUAUUUCCGUUUCCAUAGCAGCACACUUCCGACUUCCGGCAACAGAUUGCGUGUUCCUACUUCAAGUUACAAAAGCGAGUGCGUUCUAAUCUUGGCAGACUUGGAAGAUGACUAUUUUUGGACACAUGAGGAUUUACAACCUUAUCUUUUUGAAGCUGAAUAUACGGAGGAUGAAUUACUGCUUCUAGAAGCGAGCACGAAGAGAGAGUAAAAUGUUGAAGCAGACGGAAAGCCGAGAGUGAGGUCAGCGUGACUUUGACGGUGUAAAUGUCUAACUUGGAACCAAGCUAUUUCGACAUUAAUGAAAAAAACUUACUCUGCCAGCUGGAUCAAACAAAGAGCUGUCCAUCGAGUGAGUCCCCUUCAAUAUUGAUCAUGAUGCAUGCAGCACAUCACGCGUGUUAGUACAACUACAGUGCAUACGCCGUCGAGCAAGCUGUGUACAAAGAAAACAUGAAAUGUGGGCUAACACUUUACAAAUUCUUUAAUAUAAUUUUUCAUGUUUUUCAGUCAGUACAGAUUGGUGUCCUAUCGCAUUUUGUUGUGCAUUACAAACUCAAAUGCAAUUCAGCUGCUGAUGAAGAAGCUAGCUUAUCUCUCGUCGUAGCUAGCUCACGGAUAAUACCGUAGCACGUCGAUGUGUUGGUACGCUAGGAAAAAAAGUUCCUCAGUGUUUGCCGGAACAGAGGUUUUUGUUAUGUGGUUGCUGUGAUUUUACAGGUUUGUUUACAUUGAGUGUUUUUAAUUUUGUGUUGACAUUUCCUUUUCUUUCUGCUUUAAUAGCUGAGGGGAUUAUAAUCAGAGAUAGGUUACAUAUGAAAUAAAAAAUCUUAACAUUUAAUAUAUAUUUCUCCUGUACCAUACACUCAAAGGUUAUAAAAUAUCAAUAAUUAUCAAUAUCAUUCAAUAUACAAAUCGUAUAUUGUGAUACAGUUUUCAGCCAUAUCGCCCAGCCCUACUGUAAACACAAAUAUUGAAAAUCUCCCCUGCCGCUCGCAAAUCCACCCACCAAACCCCAAACCUCCCAGGGCAUCCCGACUCACAAUUUGAGAAGCACUUUCCGAUACUAUUGUAACAAUUAGUCAUUUCCUGCAUAAAGUAUCUAAUACUGGUUGAGCUAUUUAAAUUUGUUGGUUACUAAUGCAUGAUUUUAAUGUUUGCUUAUCAAUCUCUAAAAUGGGGGUUGAAUCAUUUUGAGUUCUGUUUUCUUUCUAAACAUCCAAGAGAAAAUAAAAUAAUAAAAUAAACAUUUUAAGAUUCAUAUUUUAAUUUGCAGUCAUGUGUCCAUUGUCAUUUUUUUUUCUUUUGUCAUUAAUUUAUCUACAUUUUACUAUCAUUUUUCUAUUUAAUGUCAAUGUUUCAUUAUGCUGUACGUCAAGUU